AUUAUUCUCUAAAACUUUCCUUCUCCUCCAAAGAAAGACACCCUAAUGCACAUUCAGAUCAACCCAAAUGUAUAGCUUACCCAUAGAUGAUCAGCUUUCCAUGAACAAACCAGUCUUUAUGAACAGGCUCCCCAUAUCCGCCGGCAAAGCUUACAGCCCCAAUGCCCACAACCACCAACGCCGCGGCGGCGCCGCUUCGCUCUACUCGCCGAAGCUCUCAAUUCUGCUCCUAGCCACCUGCGUUUCCCUCUUCAUCCUCUUCCACAUCCAGUCCCUCCAAACUUCUCCCCCCUCGCCAUCGCCAACUAAUUAUAAUUCGUGGGAUUUCAUGCAACAGUGGCCAGACGCCAUCAUCAACACCACCCACGCCUUUGGCGGCGACUGCACCCGGGAGCUCGCAGCCAUGGCCACCAAGCUCCGGCGAGCCGUCACGUUUCUCCCGCUGAAGGACCUGCGUUACGCCCAGUCCGCCCAGCAAGGCCACACGUGGUUCAUGAGUUCCAUGUUCGACAAGCAAGAAGAAGGUGAGGUCCAACACCAACACUUCCCGUCGGAGGCGUCGAACGGCCGGCUGCUCUGCAUCAAGGGCCACGACACCCACGACGGCGCGUGGAACACAUACGCCCUUGCAUGGCUGGAAACCCUGCCGGCCAAUGCCACUCUCAUGUCAGGCCUAACCUUCGUCUCCUACAACCACUACAACUACGACAACAUCUGGCACGGCUUGUCCGCCAUGGUACCCUUUGUCGCCUGGCACAUCAAGAACCGCUGCUCAAGCCUCCCCGCCCGGUGGCUUCUCUACCACUGGGGCGAGCUCCGCACCGAGAUGUCCCCAUGGCUCCGAUCUCUCAUGGACGCCACCUUUGACGGCUCUGUAGAUACCGAAAACUUUGCCGAUGGUGACGAAGAGCGGCCCGCUUGCUUUGAGGAGGCCGUGGUGAUGAGGCACAAUGAAGGGGGAAUGUCCCGGCGGCGGAGGCUGGAAGUUUACGAUCUGAUGAGGUGCAAAGCUAGGGCUUACUGUAACGUAAGCGCGGCGGAGGGCGGUGGCAUCGGAGUGACGAUGUUCAUGAGGACGGGGCCGAGAUCGUUCAGAAAUGACUCGGCCGUCAUCGGGAUAUUCGACGGCGAGUGCCGGAAAGUGGAAGGUUGCCGGUUGACUGUUGCGUACUCCAAUAAUCUCACCUUCUGCGAACAGGUGAAGCUGAUGAGCUCGACAGACGUCCUGGUUUCCCCCCACGGAGCUCAAAUGACCAACAUGUUCCUCAUGGAGAGAAACAGCAGCGUGAUGGAGUUCUUCCCCAAGGGGUGGCUGAGGCUGGCCGGCGUCGGCCAGUACGUCCACCACUGGUUGGCCAGCUGGUCCGGAAUGAAACACGAGGGCGCCUGGCGGGACCCUAACGGCGAUCCCUGCCCCUACGGGGUGGACGAUCGCCGCUGCAUGUCCGUCUACAAGAGUGGCAGAAUCGGACACAACAAGACAUUCUUUGCCCAGUGGGCUAGAAAUGUCUUGAAUCAAGUCAGGAUGAGAAAACUAGAGGAAGCUUCAACCAAUUCCCAAGUUGCGGCAUCUGCAGGUGGCUGCGCCUGUGGCUAAGCUGCCCUAUUUCAGAUCUCCCCUUGUUUGCAUUCUUUUGUCAGUCAAUAACAGCCAACAUUGCUAAAGCUACAUUUUCUGAUGAAUUGACGGUUUAUCUCUCUCUAUUUCUGUGUAUUUGUUUCAAGUUUCAACCAAUAAUUUACGAGAGUCCAAGACAAGUGAUCUUGAACAAGCCCCUCACCCCCAUUCCUGCUUGCUGCAUGUCCUGAAAUCAGCAAAAAUUGUACUUAUCAACUUAGCGUUGACCAAAUCAUUGUUUUGUCUUUCCCCAUACUGGGAAUUAUAACUUAUGUAUUGGCCAAUGAUACGCUUCCAUAAUUGUGUGUUUAUCAACUUAUGUUUUGUGCACAAAGUAUUCGAUAUGUUUCAGCCGGUUGCAUCUUUCACCUGUUUUCCUUACUGCAACUAGAACUCAAAAGAUCCUUGGAGCAAGCUAAUACAUACAAAGUUUUGUGUGUUUACCUGACGAUGCCUUGAUGCAUGAUUUAUGGGGUAUUAAGUGUGUCCACCGAGUUUAUCAGUUGCCACACCCAAUACCCAAAGCGUAGAAAGCACAGGUUCUCAUCAUAAACAGGGGAGGAAUGAAGGAUUACUCUUGCUGGUAAACCAAACCCAGAGCCAAACAUGUAAAAGAGAAACAGUAGUAUAUUCUGGGAAAGAUUUUGAGAUAUCAUAAAACCCGAUGAUCAAAGGUCUCCAUAAAACUGGAGUUGGGCUGAAAGGUUUAACAAAGUACAUAAUUAUUCAUACAGAUAAAAUUAUGCAUA